AUGGCCUCAGAAAAUAUUGCAUUUAGAGUAUCUUCAGACAGAAUAUUCACCGAAAAUAAUGGUAAAUUUUUUAAAAUUGUUGAGUUGUUUUCAAAGUUUGAUCCGGUGUUAAAUAAACAUGUUAAACGAGCAGUAGAAUAUCCAAAAAAGCCUCAUUACUUGGGAAAAAAUAUCCAGCAAAAAAUUAUUUUAUUGAUUGCUAAAGCUACAAAGGAUAAUAUUUUGGAAAUGGUAAAAAAUGCAAUGUAUUUUUCCGUUAUUGUAGACUGUACACCCGAUCCCAGCCAUAAAGAACAAAUGUCAAUUGUUCUGCGUUUCGUUCACAUAACAAAAUCAACCAAAGGUAGUAAUGCUAGUGUGGAAGUUAAAGAAAGUUUUUUGAAACUUAUUAACAUUUUGGAUUCAAUCGGAGCGAAGAUGACCGAAGAAAUAUUAACUUUUUUGACACAAAAUGGCUUAUCAAUUCUGAAUCUUCGUGGUCAAGGCUACGAUAAUGGAGCCAAUAUGAGUGGAAAAAUAAACGGUGUUCAGGCUUACAUUAUAAACAUAAAUCCAAGGGCUUUCUUCAUUGCAUGUAUGUUUUUAGAAAAAGAAGAAACAAGUGCAAAAAGAUCUGAGAAUGAACAGUAUACGACUGCAAACACAUGA